UAUUAAUAAUAUUUAUUCAAAUGGAAAAUAUGAUAUACGUCCAAGUGCCUCAAAAGCCCCAGAUGGAAUCACCUGUAUUGAAGAAUGCUAAAUCUAUUCGUAAUGUUGCUCUCACCCUUGCUAUUGCUUCAUUAUUGCUGAUGCUUUAUAUCUUCCAGACUACUUACAAUGCUCCAAAAAUGAUCUUUUAUAUUCCCAUCGUCUUGAAUGGAUUAUUGAUCGUCUAUACCCUUUUCGAAAAAUGGCUAGGCUUUGGAUGCUUCAGAUCUUUCGUCAAAGUUUUCGCAUGGACCGGAUUCUCAAUCGCUGCUCUCUCAGGAGUUGUCAUCAUCUACUCUCUCCUCGUCGGCUUCUUCUCCAAACCAGAUGUACUUUUGUUCUACGUUUGGCUCGCAGUUAUCGCUCCUAUCGGAUUCCUUGGAUACACCGUUAUUUUCGUGCAGCAGGCUCAGAAAUACGAGGCAUCAAUGCUGAUCCCAAAAGUGUUGCCUUCUGAUUACCCUCAUGCUUUUCAAAAUAGACUUUAAAAU